AUGCUACCCCCGCUCCAAGAUCAACAUUCCCCAACCCGAGAGGUCGGAGAGGGAGAAGCUAAAGCGGGCCACGUAACAUCAGACCAGGCCCGAGACCUAGAUCGCGGAGAUCAACAAGAACAGGGGCUAGCAGAGAGACCGCCGUCGACAUCACCAACACAAGCUUCAAGUCGCAUCGAACCCGACAUCUUUGACAACAAUGACCUCGAGGAUGAGCUCUACCCAGAAUCAACAAACACGAGCUAUCUGACGUCCAUCGCGUCGGAUAUCCGUCGCGGCAUUCAAGAAAACGGACGAACUUACGGUGUUUAUGGCCUACACAAAGCUUGGAUCCCUAGUGACGAUCUCGAGGUUGAGCGCAAUGAUCUCCAGCACUGCAAGUUCACGAUGCUCAUGGGCAACGAGCUUCACUUGGCCCCUAUUGUCGACCAUCCGCAAAAGAUCCUCGAUCUUGGUACUGGAUCAGGUAUUUGGGCCAUCGACAUGGCGGAGCAAUACCCUUCAGCCAAGGUCAUUGGUGUCGACACAACUCCGGUUCAGCCCAACGUGAUACCGCCCAACUUAGUUUUCGAGAUUGACGAUGUUGAAGAUGACUGGCUCUGGGGCGAAGGAACUUUCGAUCUCAUCCACGGCCGAGAACUUAUCAUGGCCAUUCGCAACUGGCCUCGUCUGAUGGAGCAGGCUUUCAACCACCUCAAGCCCGGCGCUUACUUCCAGCUCUCUGGCUCAGUUCCCGACUUCAAGUCCGACGACGGCACACUGCCCCCUGAUUCCGCUUACAUCGAGAUGGGCAAGAUCUACUUUGAGAUGUCGCAGCGCAUUGGCUGUUCAGGCUGGGAACCGACUCGCUGGAAGGAGCACUUUGAAAACGCUGGCUUCGAGGAUGUAGUAGAGCGCGUCCUCAAGAUACCUACGAAUCCUUGGCCCAAGGACAAGCAUCUGAAGGAGAUUGGAGCGUUUGAGCUUUCGCAUUUUCGAGAUACCAUUGGAAACGUGUUUGCUCGUGGGUACGAGCAGAUCCUCAACGGCGAUCCGAAUUACUUCCAGGUACUACUGGCCAAGGCUCGAAAGGAGGUACUGAACCCAAACAUGCACAGUUGGGUGCCUUUCUACGUCGUGUACGGCCGAAAACCAAGAAGUUACACUACAGAUCAGCCACCACAUCAGAAGUCCGCUUCUCCUGACGCAUAG